AUGACUAGCCAGGACACACAUGCAUUGCUUAGCGGAGACACCGUGGAAACCUACCAAGAACAUGAUGAUGAUGAUAAAGAUUCACUUGGUGGUGAAAUGGACACGAUGCUUCGUGAUUAUCCAACCACUUUGACAACAUUUGAAACAACAGCUAUCGCACCAGAUGGAACUGUGCAGACAAUCUCGCGCAGAGUUGAAACACGGGUAAGCUUCUAACG